CCAAGAUGGCGGCGACUGAAGAAGCGCCGAUCUUCAUUUUUGCAGCUCUGAGCGCUUCUUUUUCUCGUAAUUCUUUAUUAGCAUAAGCUAGAAGUGGCAUAUAUGUAUACAGAAUGUUACGAGAAGUUUAAAAUAGGUAAACGCUAGAAAACAAAAGUAUUGAAAUGUCCUAGACACUGUGACAGAAGUCUGUAAAGAUAAGAUUAUAUUUUUUGGACUGCGAAAACCACUGAGAUGUCUGGCCAUUAUGUUCAACUUUGCCCUAAUCCUCUUCGGUUUGAACCCGUCACCAAAGAAAACAGCGUCUUUUUUGACGAGGCAAACCGACAGGUCUUUUCUGUGACUUCUGUUGAGGGAAAAACUCGUGUUGUUGUCAGAGGGCCUGAUGUCAAAUCUUUCAUCAGUUUCAACAUACCAGCAGUGGGCCAUGUGCAGUCUAUAAAAUUCUCCUAUGACCGGAAGAUACUAGCAGUUCAAAGAUCCUUAAAAAUUGUGGAGUUUAUAAAUUUUGCUGAUGGAAUUGACAGCCAACAGUAUAGCCAGACGUGCAAGAGCAAAUCUGCCCAUGUUAUUGGAUUUAACUGGACCAAUUUAAAUGAAAUUGUUUUCAUCACAAACCAAGGGCUGGAAUUUUAUCAGGUUCUGCCAGAAAAACACAGUCUGAAAAUGAUCAAGAACUACAGUGUUCAAGUGAACUGGUUUGUUUUUUUGCCUGAAAGUGCUGUGCUUCUGUUGUCAUCAUCAGGAUUAGGAAAUGUUAUUCAUCCAUACCACUUUAGAGCAGGUUCUGUGAUGCGGCUACCAAAGUUUGAGGUUGAUCUUCCUGCAGCUUCAAAAGCUCAGAAAACUGGUCUGUUAGAGAGGGAUGUCACCCUUGCAAACAUUGAUGGUCAACUUUAUGUGGUAAUCCUCAGAAAUCAACAGAGAAGUUCUACCACUGGACCAAUUGGUGCAGAGAUAGUUCUGUAUCAGCUGCAGCGGGAUAUUCCAGCCAAGAAACUAGCAGUCCUUCAGUUGAACAUGAUUGGAAGAUUUGCAGUGAAUGUUGUGGACAACCUUGUGAUUGUCCACCACCAAGCUUCCAAGACAUCUAUGCUGUUUGAUGUCAGGCUUGGAGGAGAUUUUGAUGGACAGAUCACAUACUUUCAACCAGUGUUAGCACCUUUGCCACUUGAACAAGCUGUUUUUGAGUUGGAUGAGAAAGAUUCUACUGGUGCUGUGAGAAGGAAAAGGAUAGUCUGUGACAUGUACUCUCAAAACUGGAUAGUGUUUCAGCCAAACAUCAUUAUAGAUGCUAAACUUGGCUGUUUAUGGCAGGUUAUGAUAAAGUUGGAGCCUUUGGUGGUGAUGAUAAGUGACAAGGGAUUGUUGAUUGACUUCCUACUGCUAAGAAAGGAAAGCAAAAUGGUGAUUUUGACAGUUUUCAAACAAGCUUUAACACCAGGGAGACAGAGCAGCCUGCCAGUCAUAGCUCGCAUGUUUGACAAGGUGAACUUGGCUUAUAGAAAUUACUCACUGGAAGUGGAGCAAGGUGCACAACAGUCAAGUGAUGCUUCCAAGGGUCAAUCUCCUCAAAAACAGCUAACCAGGUGUCAGACUGUUGUCACUCAAGAAGACAUGUAUUCUCAUGUACUAUCUGUGUUUGUUGAGAGCAAGGAUAUCAAGUAUAAAUUUAUGGUUGCUGUGUUGGUGGAGUACAUUCGCUCUCUGAAUCAAUUUGAGACUGAAGUGGAGCACUAUCUUUAUGAGUUGAUUAUCAAUCUUCUUGUACACAACAAGUGUUUCUACCAGUUGCAUCAGUUCGUUCAGUAUCAUGUUAUAAGUGACUCCAAACCAUUGGCAUGCCUUAUGUUGUCACUUGAAAGUACUUACCCUCCAACUUAUCAGCUAGCCUUGGAUAUGCUGAAGAGACUUAACACUGCCAAUGAGGAAAUAAUAGAGGUUCUCCUUUCUAAACAACAGGUGUUACCUGCAUUACGUUACAUCCGUGCGAUAGGUGCAGAAGACUCUGCAUCACCUCGAAAGUUUUUAGAAGCUGCCACAAACCCUGAAGAUUCCAUGCUUUUCUACACUGUGUACAAGUUUUUUGAACAACGUAAUGUGCGGCUACGUGGCAACCCAGACUUUGCUCCAGGCGAGCACUGUAACGUAUAUGUGAAGAAGUUCGAGUGUCUGUUUGGAUCAAAUCGCAGUGGACAAGUUCCAGUUAAUGGAGGAAUCAACUGAACAGUGGACAAACUCUGGAGACACCUAUUACAUGUUGUACAGUUAUCAUUGGUAAAUGAAUUAAUGAUAUUGACAGAUUGUCACAGAUAUCUGGUUUGGCAAAUUAAUUGAUUGUAGGUAGCAAUUAAGAUGGUAGGAAAUAAGCUCUAUUUGUUAUUUUUUCCUGGACCAAAGGUAGAUAGCUGAACUACAGGACUCCAGUAGUUCAGACAACUGUUAAGUUUCAUGUCCUGUUUUAUGUCAAGAAAGCUUACUAGAUUACAGGUUAAUGUGGCAAAUUCUGCUACCACUUCCUCAAUUUAACCUGGAGUGUUCAGGAACCUGGCAGUUAUUCUACACAUUUUAGUUUUGGGUUGUGAGGAUGAACAGAGUGUGAAAAUUCCAUAGGAGUAAAAAUAAAGUUAGAUAAAAUUAAUUAGCUUGACAAGGGAUGAUAAGGAAGGUAUACCAUAUGACACAAUAAACAUAGGAGACAACAGAAAUUCUCACUUCAAAAUGUUUAUUAAACUCCAACUAUGUUGUAAUGGCCGAGUUGCUUACAAAGCAAACAUGUACACUAGUUUCUGCAUUGUCAGUUUGUGUGGAAGAGAAGAGCCUGUUCUUAGUUGAAUGUACUCAAAAGUUUGAAAACUUUAAUGAAUUUAUUAGUAGAUAAUUUUUCUCCAAAUAAUAAAAUUAUAGGAAAAAUAGAUUUUCUAGUUAGCUUCAUACAUUAUAUGGAGAAAUUGAUUUUGUCACUUAGAAGGCAUUAACUGUAUCACAAAUUUUUGUUGGAUGAAUUUACUAUAAGGUUGCCGCUGUAUACAGUAUAUAAUGUGCAAUUUACACUCUCCCAAAAAGAAACUGAGCACUCUUGAAAUAAUAGUAUUGUAUUUUUUUUUUCAUCCAGUGACUGACUAAAGGUUUUCAAUUGCCAUGUCUUAUUCAAGACUUCUAUGUUGACUUUAAUACAAGUUAUAUAGUGUCCCUCUUGGCAAUAAAUAUGAUAAUACCAUAAUACCAUACUUACAUCAUUUACAUGUAUGUACAAAGUAAUGACUGUUAUUUCAUUACUGACAUUUUAAUACUGAAUGAAAGUUUAGGUCAAACCAUAAUAAUUUCACAGCAAUAUAUACAUGAAAUUUAAAACCUCUGACUUUAAUAUGUUACAUCAACUGUAUAUUAUAUGUCUUGAAAUUGAAAUAAAGCUGUUGAAGAUUU